AUGCAGUCCAGCACUGCCCGCAACUCGGCUCGCCUGUCCACCUACUCCAACGCGCCCACCCUGACGCCGUCCAUCGCCCCCUCGACCACCUCCUCCAUCGACCCUCGCCACGCCGAGAUCAAGGCCUGGAAUGCCGGCCUCGACCGUCUUGAGGACAAGCGCCUCGUCUCGCAGCGCUAUGUCGCCUCGCCCGACAAGAUCGAUAACAUGAGCAAGCUGGCCCUGGGCGCGAAGCUCGACCGCGCUCUGGCCCGGCGCAUGAGCGAACAGGACGCCGUUUUCAGACCACAUGCGCGCGGUGUCAGCGUCGACGAGAAGAGCGGCAGUGAGAAGGAGGACGCCUAA